AUGGAUAAUGCAAACUUGUGGACCCGCCGGACAAACUCUUCCAAGUUGUCCCUGUCAACGUCUGGGGAUGCCAAAGAAGGUGGCGCCCGUGUUGAACUGCCCCGCCCAUCGAAGCGGUUCGGACCUGACAGCUCGCAUGGCCGCUCGAAUCCAUUUAACGCAAUAUCACCAUUAUCCGGCGGUGUAGCCUCUCCAUCCACCAAUGCCUCCUCUGCUUUCGGUCUGGGGUCUGGCGCAUUCGCCUCGUUCGGGGCGCCAAAGACACCCGGUGGCACCGAGUUGAAAACACCCGGACGGGAGGUACCCGUGGACCAUGACGAGGCCACACGGAAGGCUUUUGAUAGCCCUACCGUCUCUGCUCCCGGUGAGCACCCGUUGAAGUCUACGUGGAUUGUCUGGUACCGCCCUCCGACACCCAAAUACUCCGACUACGAGAAGUCCACCGUGCCGCUCGCUUCGAUAAACUCCGUAGAGAGCUUCUGGGCGGUGUACUCUCACCUGAAGCGCCCUUCCCUUCUUCCUACAGUUUCCGACUACCACAUCUUCAAGAAGGGCAUUCGCCCUGUCUGGGAAGAUGAAGCGAACAAGCGGGGUGGUAAGUGGAUCGUACGUUUCAAGAAGGGCGUGUCCGAUCGAUACUGGGAGGACCUCCUCCUGGCUAUGGUUGGGGAUCAGUUUGCAGAGGCUGGAGACGAGGUCUGCGGUGCUGUGCUGAGCGUCCGAGGUGGCGAGGAUGUUCUGAGUGUCUGGACGAGGAUCGACGGGGGGCGUAACAUCAAGAUCAGAGAAACGAUCAAGCGUCUUCUAGCAUUCCCGGCAGACACCAACAUCAUUUGGAAGAGCCACGACGACAGUAUCGCACAGCGCUCUGCUAUUGACCAGGCUCGCCAUGAGAAAGCCGUACCCGGUACAAAUCACCAAGAUCGGCGGCGUACAAACCAAGACGACUCGGACAAAGCCAAAGUGAACGUGGCCCUAUAA